AGCUUUAGGAGAAAAACAGUGUUGUAGUAAAGAUGGUCUUCAACUUGAUCUUGUCCUGGACUCUUCUCCUGCUUUCAUUCGGCCCACUGCUGGCACACCCUGUCUCAGAAACAGCAGACAUGUCUUACCCUGGAAUUGACUCAGCCGAAGAGGCAGGAGCAGUCGGUCCUGAGGACCUGGAUUUGAGCAGCCUUCUCCAGAGGACAGCGGGCUUCAGUUACUCCCCACUGCUCUCUAAAGAUGGUCUCAGAGUGUCUGGGUUGCUCCCUAAAGAAGCUCUAAAAGAGGUUCUGCUGGAGAAACCAGGCCAUCUAAGCUCUCUGAAUCAUAUACUUGGUAUUAAGAGGCCAUACAGAAAGAGGGGCAAUGGAGCUGACUGCUUCUGGAAGUAUUGCGUUUAAUACUGAGAUGGAAAAUCGCAUGCAUGACUGAGAGACUGG